AACACACAGACACACACACACAGACACACACACACACACACUCUCUCUCUCUCACUUUCUCUCCCCCCCCUCUCUCUCAGGUCCAGCUUUGAGCAAAGGACAUAGGCACCCCCUCCACCAAUCUGUACAGACCAGGCCCCUCAGCAGGGUGGGGUGUGGCUGCCUCCGUUUCUACAUCUCCUUGUUACCAUCUCUGAUUUUGCUCUUUUUUGCCGCCUUUCUCUCUGUCUCUAACUUCCGGUGGCUCUAGCCUCUGGGUGAGUACUAAUAGCUCCGUUUCCAGCGUGGUCUGUGUCUUCCUCCCUGCCUCUCUCCUCUCUUGUAUUUCUUUCUCACUCAUCAAAGCCCAUGUUUUUCGCUAUGGUCCAGUGCACUUCUCUGUGGGUGCCUCCCUGUUUCCACACCCGGCCUACCCAGGUGGAACUUUUCAAGCCAAUCAAAGGCAGGCAGGGCAGCCAAUGCUAGUGCUGAUUACUUCAGCACAUUAAUGCAGGGAGGGUCGGGGAGCCCCGGGGAUGUCUGGAAAUCGUUACCCUGAGGUGGGCAGGCCUGGUAGAGGGAGGAAGCAGCCGGGAGCAUCUGGGCCCUGGAAGAAAGGGGGGUGUUUCUCAUGGAUGUCCUGAGUUGCUAGGUGCAGCGCAGGGGUCUCUGUCUCUCUGUCUGGAUCUCUGACACCUCCAGGUCCCUGUCCCUCUUUUUGGCUUUCUCUCUCCCCCACCCCCUGGGUCUCUGAAAUACUGAACUUCUCCUUCCCUUUCCACCCUCCUAUCUUUGAGUCUCCAUUCCCCCUCCUUGUGUUUCUUUGUACCCCUCUUGGGGUCCCUGUCUCUGGGUCUCUUUCUCAUUCCAUCCAUCCAGGUGCCUGCAGGCCCUGGAUUGACUAGGUUCUGGGUGGGCGGGUUCUGUCACCUGGGGCAACAACCACAAUAAGCCAGCUCCUGCUUGGCUACGGAGUGGGGGUGGAACCAUGGCCAGUGGCACCCUGGCUCCGUGCUGUGGCCCCGCGUGCUGUCGUAUCUCUGCAACCGAGUCCACGGUCGCGGACCCUCUACCCCAAGUUGCAAAGCAGGAUUCUCACAACUGGGCUUUCGACGAGGUCCUCAGCAGAUGGGAGACAACCUCUGGCUCGGCCUACGUGCCCAAGACCCAUGGCGGGCCCUGCGCCCAGCCCAGAGCCCCAGAGCCUGCAGACCCCACGCGGACUGUGGGGAUCAAGGAUUUAGGAGAAAAGCUCAGACACCGCGGCUGGCGCCUCCCACUGACCACAAAGUACCAGAGCAGCGAGACGAGGGCGCAGUACACUGGCUCUCCCAGCGGGGACCCGCGCGCCCCGGAAUACUUCGGACCCCAGCCCCCACAACUCGCAAACCACCACCGCGGGGGUCCUUCCCAGGCUCUAAUUGCCUGGACGAAGAACCCCGAGCUGUCUGGCCGGCCUUUCACAGUAUCCGACCGGGGCGUCCUGGACCGCCGCCAGCUCUAUCUGACCACCUCGGCGCGGGACUUUCGGUUCUAUCCCAAGACGGAGCUGUCCGGAUACCCCCGCAAGGACUCCCUGACCUACUGGAGCUUCGAAGAGACGCCCCAGGUCUGGAGCCACGGCCCGCAGCGGCCGCCCCGACCACCGCGGGUCCGCGUGCCGCGCGUCAGCCCGGUGACCUCGGCCAUGCCGCACCGGGGAGCCCUGUCUCUGGCUCAGGAGUCCUACAGCCCCCUGCUGCACCCGCUCCGGCGGCUCGACCGCUUCUGCCCGCUGGAGGCGCCCUGGGGCGGCCCGCACUGGAAGCCCCUGCGGGGCAUCUACAGCGUGCCGAAAGCCUACAGUACCGAGAACUCCAGCUAUGGCAGCUUGAAGCCGGCGCUGGUGUGAGCCGACAGGGCCAGCCCCGCCCCCAGGGCCGCGCUGCCGAGCGGAGCUCGGGACCUCCGCUCACUAGGAAGGGUUCCGGACCCAGCCUGAGUCGCCCUCAUUACGUCUAUUGGCAACGUGGGGGCGGGACUAGCCCAGACACCCACUCAGCUGCGGCAUCACGGAGAGGGGACUAAGUCCAGAUAAUGUCCUUGCAGGCUGUGGCCCCGGGGGCAAGACACGCACCCUGCGGGCGUAUUAAAUAAUGAGUUAAGGGCCGGGCGCGGUGGCUCACGCCUGUAAUCCCAGCACUUUGGGAGGCCGAGGCGGGCGGAUCACGAGGUCAGGAGAUCGAGACCAUCCUGGCUAACACGGUGAAACCCCGUCUCUACUAAAAAUACAAAAAAUUAGCCGGGCGUGGUAGCGGGCGCCUGUAGUCCCAGCUACUCGGGAGGCUGAGGCAGGAGAACGGCGUGAACCCGGGAGGCGGAGCUUGCAGUGAGCCGAGAUCGCGCCACUGCACUCCAGCCUGGGCGACAGAGCGAGACUCCGUCUCAAAAAAAAAAAAAAAAAAAAAAAAAAAAAAAAAAAAAAAAAAAAAAUAA